CAAUGGGCUGCUUACCACUCUGUAGGGUCGACUGGAGGCACGCAGUGUGGGAGGUUAUUGCUGCUGUGUCCAUGGCGGUGGGGACAGGCCUGGGACCCGUUCAGCAGGGCUUGAGAGAGCAGCUUGUAGACUCCAUCUCAAAAAACAACCAUAUUCUCCCAACGGUGUCCUCCGGGAAAUCGAAGCCCCUCUGCCCCCAGCUGUCCUCGUUUCUCGCUUCGCUCCACCUCCCCGUGCCGUUUUUAGUACCUUACUAUCAUUCGUUUAUCAAUGUGGGUCCAUAUCUUGUCGCAGUAAUGGCUGUCAUUUGCUGCAUUGGUUGUGCAUCUCACAGCAGUAGCUCAUAAGUACCUGGUAAUUCUUGACUACUGGACUGAUGGAAAUUUACUCAUCCCUUUACCAAGGACAGGAUUGAGCGCCUAAGUAGUCCUGAACUGGACUGUGGCUAUGGCACUUUGGGGACCGGGAAGUUUUGGAAGAUGGAAGUCCGAAAAAAAGGGGUCAUCAGGAUCGUGUUUCCUGUGAGACUAGGUGUCGGUGGAGGUGGACUUGACCAUGGACCAGCUAUGACCUCAGGCACUCCUGGGACCCUCAGCCUUGUAGCACAGUCCUCUCUUAGACCCCCACCCCCUUUCCUUCUUCAGCAAGGAUGCGAGCAUCCAAGCUUGUGUCUGGAAUGAGUGGAGCCCCUAGAGGCCGUUCCGCUGAGACCCGGUAGUCAGGGCCUCCAGCACCGCAGAUUGCGGCCUCUGCAGAGCCCAGGCCGCGCCGCCAACCUCGCCGGUCCAGCCUGCGUUCCCUUCCUCGGCCCUUGUCGUAUCCCGGCGGCGCCGCGUCCUCCUCAGCGAGGCCCUCUCCCCUGCUGCCCCAUGUCGGCUGCCCCCGCCUACAGCGAAGACAAGGGCGGCUCCGCUGGCCCCGGGGAGCCCGAGUACGGCCACGACCCAGCGAGCGGCGGCAUCUUCUCCUCUGACUACAAGCGGCAUGAUGACCUGAAGGAGAUGCUGGACACCAACAAGGAUUCCCUCAAGCUAGAGGCCAUGAAGAGGAUUGUAGCGAUGAUUGCCCGGGGAAAGAAUGCCUCCGACCUGUUUCCUGCUGUGGUGAAGAACGUGGCCUGUAAGAACAUAGAGGUGAAGAAGCUUGUCUACGUGUAUCUGGUGCGCUACGCGGAGGAGCAGCAAGACCUAGCCCUGCUGUCUAUCUCUACCUUCCAGCGUGGCCUAAAGGACCCCAACCAGCUCAUCCGUGCCAGUGCCCUUCGUGUCCUCUCUAGCAUCCGUGUGCCCAUCAUAGUACCCAUCAUGAUGCUGGCCAUCAAGGAAGCUGCCUCGGAUAUGUCACCCUAUGUGCGGAAAACGGCGGCCCAUGCCAUCCCUAAGCUCUACAGCUUGGAUUCUGACCAGAAGGACCAGCUGAUUGAAGUCAUUGAGAAGCUUCUGGCUGACAAGACUACGCUGGUGGCGGGCAGCGUGGUGAUGGCCUUUGAGGAGGUGUGCCCAGAGCGCAUCGAUCUGAUCCACAAGAACUACCGGAAGCUCUGUAACCUGCUCAUCGACGUGGAGGAGUGGGGCCAGGUGGUCAUCAUCAGCAUGCUCACCCGCUACGCCCGCACGCAGUUCCUGAGCCCCACCCAGAACGAAUCUCUGCUGGAGGAGAAUCCUGAGAAAGCCUUCUACGGCUCCGAGGAGGACGAGGCUAAGGGCCCGGGGUCGGAGGAGGCGGCUGCCACGACGCUGCCCGCCCGCAAGCCCUAUGUCAUGGACCCGGACCACCGGCUGCUGCUGCGCAACACGAAGCCGCUCCUGCAGAGCCGCAGCGCAGCCGUGGUCAUGGCGGUGGCGCAGCUCUACUUCCACCUGGCGCCCAAGGCGGAGGUGGGCGUCAUUGCCAAGGCCCUCGUGCGCCUGCUGCGCAGCCACAGCGAAGUGCAGUACGUGGUGCUCCAGAAUGUGGCGACCAUGUCCAUCAAGCGUCGGGGUAUGUUUGAGCCGUACCUGAAGAGCUUCUACAUCAGGUCCACUGACCCCACCCAGAUCAAGAUCUUGAAGCUGGAAGUGUUGACUAACCUGGCCAAUGAGACCAACAUCCCCACUGUCCUACGGGAAUUCCAGACCUACAUUCGCAGCAUGGACAAGGACUUUGUGGCGGCCACAAUCCAGGCCAUUGGGCGCUGUGCAACGAACAUAGGCCGGGUCCGUGACACCUGCCUCAACGGCCUAGUGCAGCUGCUGUCCAACCGUGAUGAGCUUGUGGUCGCAGAGUCAGUGGUCGUCAUUAAGAAGCUGCUGCAGAUGCAGCCGGCACAACACGGAGAGAUCAUCAAACACUUGGCAAAACUCACAGACAACAUCCAGGUACCCAUGGCCCGAGCCAGCAUCCUGUGGCUCAUUGGCGAGUACUGUGAGCACGUCCCCAGGAUUGCACCUGAUGUCCUGAGAAAAAUGGCCAAGUCCUUCACAGCAGAGGAGGACAUUGUUAAGCUGCAAGUCAUCAACCUGGCAGCCAAGCUCUAUCUGACCAACUCUAAGCAGACCAAGCUGCUGACCCAGUAUGUGCUGAGUCUGGCCAAGUAUGAUCAGAACUACGACAUCCGAGACCGAGCGCGCUUCACCCGGCAGCUCAUUGUCCCUUCGGAGCAGGGCGGGGCCCUCAGCCGCCAUGCCAAGAAGCUUUUCCUGGCGCCCAAACCAGCCCCAGUCUUGGAGUCAUCCUUCAAAGACCGGGACCACUUCCAGCUGGGCUCACUGUCCCACCUGCUCAAUGCCAAGGCCACAGGCUACCAGGAGCUCCCAGACUGGCCAGAGGAAGCCCCGGACCCAUCUGUGCGCAAUGUGGAGGUACCUGAAUGGACCAAGUGCUCCAGUAGGGAGAAAAGGAAGGAGAAGGAGAAACCCUUCUACUCCGACUCCGAGGGAGAGUCCGGCCCCACCGAGUCCGCAGACAGUGACCCAGAGUCUGAGAGUGAAUCGGACAGUAAGAGCAGCAGUGAGAGCGGCUCUGGGGGGUCCAGCAGUGAGUCCGACAAUGAAGACCAGGAUGAGGAUGAGGAGAAAGGGAGGAGCAGUGAGAGUGACCAGAGUGAGGAGGAAGGUAAGAAGAGGCAGAUGAAGAAGAGGAAGAAGGUGCCAGAGGGACAAGAAGGCGGCUCGUCCUCAGAUGAGGGCAGCGACUCCAGCAGCAGCUCGUCGGAGUCUGAGAUGACAUCCGAGACUGAGGAGGAGCAGGUGGAACCUGCCUCCUGGAGGAAAAAAACACCUUCCAGUAGCAAAAGUGCACCUGCAGCCAAGGAGAUCUCCCUGCUUGAUCUAGAGGACUUCACCCCUCCCAGUAUCCAGCCUGUGUCUUCCCCUGCGGUUGUGUCCACCAGUCUGGCCGCUGACCUGGAGGGCCUGACACUCACAGACUCACCCCUGGCGCCCUCUCUGCUGAGUCCAGUGUCGGGUGUCGGGAGGCAGGAGCUGCUGCACCGGGUGGCUGGCGAGGGGCUGGCUGUGGACUACACCUUCAGCCGCCAGCCUUUCUCUGGGGACCCCCACAUGGUGUCAGUGCACAUCCACUUCUCCAACAGCUCUGAUACCCCCAUCAAAGGCCUGCACGUGGGCACCCCCAAACUGCCUGCUGGCAUAAGCAUCCAGGAAUUUCCUGAAAUUGAGUCCCUGGCACCUGGAGAGUCUGCCACUGCUAUCAUGGGCAUCAACUUCUGUGACUCAACCCAGGCGGCCAACUUCCAGCUGUGCACCCAAACCCGACAGUUCUAUGUCUCCAUUCAGCCACCUGUUGGGGAGCUGAUGGCCCCCGUGUUCAUGAGUGAGAACGAGUUCAAGAAGGAACAGGGAAAGCUGACAGGCAUGAAUGAGAUCACAGAGAAGCUCACACUGCCCGACACCUGUCGGAGUGACCACAUCGUGGUGCAGAAAGUGACAGCCACUGCCAAUCUGGGUCGUGUCCCUUGUGGGACAUCUGAUGAGUACAGGUUUGCAGGGAGGACACUGACUAGUGGGAGCCUGGUCCUGCUGACCCUGGAUGCUCGGCCCACUGGAGCUGCCCAGCUAACAGUCAACAGUGAGAAGAUGGUGAUCGGUACCAUGCUGGUGAAAGAUGUGGUACAGGCUCUGACCCAGUGAUUGCGAGUGCUGUGACCUCUCUGACCCCCACUUCUCCCUCCCUCAUGACAUCUAGGCUGUUAGCCUCUCUCUCUCUCUCUCUCUCUCUCUCUCUCUCUCUCUCUCUCUCUCUCUCUCUCUCUCUCCUAUCAGAGUCCUCAUUCCAGAUUGCAUCGAGGGUCCUCUCUCCCUCCCUGGUCAUUGCCAGGCUCCCUCCUAACUCCCCUCUCCAUGGGUUCUUUAGUGACCUGUGCACAGGACGACAGUGCCAUUCAGUCCUCCCAGAUUUCUGUGGCUAUUUAAGUAGUAAAAUCUCAAUAAAAUGUUUUCUCCCUAGA